AUGUCUGUUCAGCUCAGUCAUCGAUCGACAAUGCGAGGUCUUCGCAAAUGCCCUCAGUGCGGAACACUGAACGGAAACCGCACUUCGAAGUGUAAAAAUGAAACCUGCCACCAGGCUUUACGGGACAACUGCAACCAAAUCAUCCGAAGUGGUUCUUCCUUUGCAGUGCAACUCCUGCCAAUUGAGCGAAUCAGGGAUGCAAUGUACAUAGUCUCCCUCCCGAACGGUGUGCGGUGUUUGCUCGCAACGACAAGCCUCGAAGAAAAUGGCCCAAUAGCCAUACUAUCGAGUACGGCAAGUCGCGGUACGGACAUUCCUGAUAUAGAAACGAUGAGCCGCAUGAUCGUAGGAUGCAAACUUAGAGCCGAAGCACUGCCCAUACUCAAAGGCGCGAUUGAUUCGCUCGCUAUCCCGCAAGACGAGAAACGUGCUCUGUGGGAAAAGCGAUCUCAGCUGAACAUGUGCCCAUUGGUUCAACGUGUUACCAGCGAUCUCUUUGUCGUCGGUCAUAGGGACACAGCGUACGGUGUGCACCAAGUGAUGGCGUUGAAAAAAAGUAAAAAAUAUUCUCACUUCCACUGCGAUUGUGUGUCGACGAUGGAAAAAUUAGGCUCUGUCGCAUGUUGGCACAUAGUUGCAGUAGCUGCAGGAUUGCUUAGUGCACCGGCCAAGAUUGGCAAUGGGUUGUCUUCUCUACUGCAGAAUUUCGUUGAGCACCGAGGGCAAGAUGAAUGGCACAGCUCGUACGAUGUGAAUUCAGCAUUUUCAUACGAAUAUCUCCUGGCUGGGGAAACGAUUUCCAGUGAAAAUAUUGAAAUGCAAUCAAUCCUCAAUCCAACGAUAAUGGAAUUUUUCAGCGAUCAAGAAGACGCUCAGCUGGCUCUAGGAUCGCCGGAUAUGUUUAAUAUCGACAGUCAUUCGGUAAGGUCGAACGACGAGCUGGCGGCGGGUGAGGCAACUAACGCAUUACCGCCUACGGCCAACAUUUACGAUCUUUCCGCAGCUGGUGAAGAAAGUCUCCACCUUAUGGAUUGUCAAAUUGAGUUGAUGGACGAGUUCGAUCCAACGGAUCGUAUUGAUUUUUGCCCUUCUGAUGUCGAAGGCGACGACAGUUCGAUGAUUCCAGCCAGUCCCAGCGCAAACCCCACGGUAGGGCAAGAUGCAACGGAAGCGAGUCACAAGCAGAAGCUCGUAGAAAUAACGGCUAAAAAAUGUGCCCUCGAACUGGGUGACCGCGUGGCGAAAGAGAAGCUCACACGUGGCAGCUACAAUGUGCGCAAGAUUCUCAAUGCUCUCGAAUCAAACGGAAUCAUUUUAAACCGUUUGCGCGGUCUUUCCGAUCCGUUGUACGAGGCAACGCUUUGCAGCCUUUCGUUUACACAUUGGCUUGAGUCCGUCAUCGAACAGCUGAACUACGUCAUCGAUUACAACGCGGCCGGGAAACCGGACGUGCAGACAUUCCGCAUACAGGAAGACUUCUAUCGGUGCUUGCGAACUCGGUUUUCCCGCGGCCACUUCCGGCGCCAGCCCGAACCAACGCCAUCUUCAUCAGAAAUCGAUCGUGCCCCACAGGUGUUUAAAUUUACACGCCCCAAAGCGCUGCUGGAUGUGUUCAGCACCGAUAGGAUGGAGCUUGCGUUGGAGAAAUUUUUCGUCCGCUCACCGGACGGCCAACGAUUUGAGGAAUUUCUCGUUGACCUACCGAAUGGUGAGGAUCACCGCAAGGCGAUACGACCGAGCUGUUACAGCACCUACAUUAAAUUUGGCCGCUACAAACACGAGCCGGAUCCUGAGCGGGAGUACAGCUUUAUCCUCGAAUGGACCGGUGACGUUCUGCCGCGCAGUAAAUUUGGUGAUCUACGAAUUUCGUUCGAGUACGGUCAUCGCAUGAACAAUAAGUACUUACAUCCACCCCCAUCGUUAUGCGCUGUAGAGUAACAAAUUUAUUGUGUAUAAC